GCGACGACCGCCGAGAGGUGCCUGCGAAGUAACGCGAUGUCGCCGUGCCGUCCUUAGAUUCCGCGUCUUGUGUGCCCCUCGCGCGCGGUCCCUUGCCACUAUCCCGUGUGUUUUCCGUCCCCGCGAGACGCCUGACGACGACACGUCCUGCCGUCGUCGUACCCCGUCGUCGAGUGCGUGCCGCGAAUCAUCGCGCGUGAAUGCGUGUGUUCGUUGGUGUGCUUAUCGGUGUGGUGUGCGCCGUGUCGAAGAAGUGCCAAGCCAGAUCACGGUGGAUCAUCCGUCUGUACCGAGCGAGGGGGAGAGGGAUAUGCGUAUAUAGCUCACGGCGAAUCGCCGCGAACACGGGCGAGUUGACACCUCCGCGAGAGCAUGGAUCCGCGGCUGCACCGCCAGUCGUCUCCGAGUCGCCUAGAAGCCGCGUUGUCGUCCCGGCGUCGUCAGUAAACACCGACGGAUAUACAGAGUUGGGACUAACCAUGUCCACUAAGAGGCAUCGCGGGCAAAAGUUAAGCAUAGAUAAUAAAGUAGUACACGAAGGCCGUAAUAGAUAGAAUGAGCGCAUUUCGGCAAAACGAAGCGCGUUGCUUCAGUGAAAACUCUCCU